CUCCAGGGGGGACGACUCUUAGGCUGCCAGACACAAGCACCGCCGGCCAGUGCCCCCAGGUGUCCCGACCCCGCUGCUGCUCCUCCUGGAGGCUCCCCUCGGACGAGAGACUGAAGGAGCGGCGAGCGAGCGAGCGAGGCGGCCUUAUAUAAAGGAGGCCCAAGUCUCGCGACAGGAAGGUGCCUGAGUCUCCCGGGAUCUCGCGGGAAAACCAAACGGCAGGGAAGUUGUUUAUAGCGCCGGCUGGCUCUCAGCUGAGAAGAAGAGGAGGGGUUCUUCCUCUUCCCCGCCAGGAGACGGUCAGGGGCACCCUGGCGCUUGAUGCUAGAAUUAAUAACCUAUUCAUGCAAUGGCUUUGGAAGAGUUACCUGAAAAGGACUGGUACAGCAUUCUGGGUGCAGCACCAUCAGAUAGUUUUACAGAAUUGAAAAGGAAGUAUCAAAGGCUAGUAUUACUGUAUCAUCCAGACAAACAGAGCACAGAUGUGCCAGCAGGAGAAGUGGAGGCGCGCAUGCAGAGGUUCAUCGAAAUUGAUCGAGCGUGGAAAAUUCUAGGGAAUGAAGAGACAAAAAAAGAGUAUGACCUGCAGCGGCGUGACCAUGAAUUAACACAAGGAUGGCCAGUGGAUGCUCAAGUUUUACUUGAAGAUAUGACCUGGAAUCAAAGUGAACAAAGGUAUUCUCUCAUAUGCCGAUGUGGUGGGAAAUACAUUAUCUCCAAAAAUGAAGCUGAAGAUGGGUCAUUAGUAAGCUGCAACACUUGUUCACUGCUUAUAGAGAUUCUUAGAUGACCCAAUGACUUAUCUGAUUUGAAUAUACAGAGAAUACACAAGGUAGGUUUCCUGCUUGAACUAUGAUAAGAACCUGUCUUGCCGCUUGCUGCUAGACAAAAGAUGAAGUCAAGAAGUUUCUCAUCUAUUCCCAGUGUGGUCGAAGUGCUUCCUGCAGUGGUAGAAGGAGCUAAUGUAAUUGCUUCACUGCCUGCAGGUAUUCACCUUACAAAAGAGGCUUUUGUGAAUAAAUCACAGGUGUUACCUUUCUUGAUUAAAGUGAAAUACGAUAAAAGAGUUCAGAGUAUCAAAUAACAAAUGUACUAGGGACUAAUGAAAUCUAUAUGUUAGUUGCGCUACACCUGAUUAACAAAAUAAAUGUAAGAACUAAAAUGUAACUACUAAAAAAAGGUUUUCUUGUAUGUUCCAGGUCAUAUGAAUACAGAUGCUUUAUUUUACUCUUAAUAUUGCUCUAUGACAUCUCUAGAACAAACAAUAUGUAAUUUUGCAAACAUUCAGCAAGUAACUUUCAUUACAACAGCUGCUAUUUGCUUUGUUCUUCAAAAGGCGUAGGGCUGGAUCCAGUUAGUUUAGUUGCCCUUUAAGACUUGCUCAGAUAUUUGUCUGAACGCAAGUAGCACUAAAAGUGGUAGUGGGCAUGUGUGUUCAUACAAAAGCCCAUUCUCAACGUCCAAGCAUCCAGAAGUAAGAUAGCCUUUCAUGGGUUGAGGACUUUGCAACUGUCCAGCUGAACAUGAUUACAAAAUUCCUGCAAGUAGAAACUCAACUUUAUUAGGGUUCCUGAUCAUAGUGCAUUGUAAUGACAUUCAGCCAAACACAGAUGCAAGGCCCUCUUCAGAAUUUCAUGUGAAGGUCUAACUGACUUUCAGGUGUUGGAGGAUCCUGGGGAACAAGGCUUGUGUGCCACCUAUAUCCCCAUUCCCAGUUUUAGCUCCAUGUGCAAGUUCAACAGGGCUUUAUCUAAGAUUUAAAGCAAUAGGACAAAUUAGUUAUGAACUAAGUGCAACUAACAGUCUUCUCCAUAUACAGUAUUAUUUUUUACAAUAUACAGUACACCCAUCUUUUCAAUAUGUACUAUUUUAUGUACCUGUUCAUAUUUUAUUUUGUACUGUGAAAUAAUUCAGCAAAUUAAGAUAGGACAAAAAAGCAGCUCUCAUCUACCACACAAAAUGAUAUACAGGCCAGAAUCCAAAUUGUACAUUCUCUACAGUAUUAUGGUUAAUAAUGUUCCCAUUCAUCUUGUUAAGGAAGCACGUAGCCCUGUCUUUAUUUUUUAUUCUACUUUGUCCUUUGCUCUCCAGAUUCAGGCUGUAGCUAAGUCUUGCCAAUUUUUUCUUUAUAAUAUUGUGAAAAUCAGACCUUUUUUGUCAGCUUCUUCUGCUAAGACCUUAGUUCAUGCCCUGGUUAUCUCCUGCCUUGACUACUACAUUCUUCUUCUGAUUGGGCUCUCAUUGUCCCAACUUAGUUUUCUGGUUUCCAUUCAACAUUAUCUUUUUGGCUCACCACUUUGAUCAUGUUACCCCACUUCUGGCAUCUCUUCCCUGGCUACUUAUUCCUUUUAGGAUUCGGUACAAACGUCUCCUCUUAACAUUUAAAACUUUACACAACCUACCCCCCCCCCACAUGCCCUUAUCUGUCGGCUCUUAUUUUUAUCUUAUCAUUCUGUUUGAAAUCUACAGUUCAGGAGCUCGGGGUUUCCUACCCAGCCAAGGGUUUCGUCUUCCUUGGCUCGGGUUUGUCCUUUUUCAUUUGCUGCACUGUACUCCUUGAACCGUCUUCCUAAACAUCUGCAGACUAUCUCUUCUCUAGUUAGCUUUAAAUCCAAAUUAAUGACUUUCUUGUUCUCUGAAGUAUUUGGAACUUAAUUUUAAUAUUGUUGUAUAAUUUAGAUUUGAUUAAUGUAUUAUCUUUUUUACAGUUUUGUAUUUUAAUUGUAUAAUUUGUUUAAUUACUGUAUACUUUAUUCUUCGUGAUUUUUAGACUGUACGCCAUUGGCAGGUUUUAAUGUUGAACUGAUGAUGUCUGUAAAAUGCCAUGUAAAUUUAUGGCACAAUAUAAAUAAAUAAUAAUAAUAAUAAUAAUUGUUAAUUCCCCUGCGGUGCUCUCUCUUCUCUUUUGCAGCACCCUGUACUCCCCCAAAACCUGGUCUGGCCCCAAGCUAGCAAAUGGCUCUAGAACAACAUUGGUUCUAGACCUUAAUGUAGUGUGUGGAGUAUUAAACCACAAAACAAAUCCCAACAUAAUUCAAACCUAUUGUCUCUUCAUCUGAAAAUGUAUGUAGAAUAGUUUCAGGCUGCAAAGCCCUAAAAUGACACAGGUUGGAUUUACUUUGACCUGAAAUACUUAGGAUUGUGCUGUUACAAUGAGAGGGCAAAAUCUGUACCACUUCAGUGCAGUGUUUCCUAAACUAAGAACUAAAGGGCUUGAGACAUAUGGAUUUUUUUCUUUUCAUACUUUCUUUUCUACAUUCCAUUAUGCAUUAAAAAAUCAAACACUAUUCAAAUACUAUUGUAUUUUUUAUUCCACCUGUCUGUUAAAGUACACAACAGGUUAUUUAUACAUUUGAUUUACUAAUCAAAAGUACACCGCUUUUUGCUUAUUAACUUUUUUUUGUAACCCCCAGCUCUCUCUGGCUUACACCUUUCAUUGAGAAUAAGAAAGUAUGUACAUUCCCCCCCUCCUCAAACCCAAUAAAAAUUGAAGAACACCUCAUCUCAUUGAGUUCGCUUCAGGUUGGACAUCUAUUUCACUUCAAGUUGUGAAGAACUUACCAAACAGGUUUUUGAGUUGGGGAGGGAAGGGAGAGAGCCACUACUGGUGACCCCUUUCAGUUUAUUUUACUAACACUGCCAUAAAUCAGAUAAGCAUGUUAACAGAUUAUAGUGACAGCCUGGUUAGCAUUGGUCCAGAAUUAGGAUGGAACAGUGGGGUCUGAUCCAGAGGAAAGUCAGCGUGCAGGAAAAGUCAAUUACUUAGACCCUGAAGUUGAGAAUGCCAACUGAAAGGAUGCAGGUAGAUGCAGAGUAAGUGCCUGACUGAGAGGCUUAUGUAAAGAACCAGUAAGCAGGACCAGAAUGUAGGUCUUAUGCAGACACAGAACAUAUUGCACUUGUCCUGAAAAGAUGUAUAGUUUAUUCAGUGAAAACUGUUAUCUCAGCAUGUCAGUGGAAUCUGUCAUUUUUGUUUGAUCUGGUGCAGCUAAUAAAGCUACCUGUUUA